AUGGCCUCUGCACUCGCCAAUGACCCCGAGCGCGUCGCCAAGACCUUGCUGUCGCGACACUCGCUGGCGCUCGUCUCUUGCACUACCCUGCAGAGGCUGUGGGCGGGAUACGGUCAGAUUUGUGCCAUCACCGCGCGCGCCACCACCGACCAGGCGGCGGAUGAUCUCGAUAAGCUAUGCGGAUUGAAAUCCAGUGGGAUCGCUGGGACUAUGUAUCCGCUCAUCCUAAAGCUCAUCUCACCGCCGACCAAAAGUGGCGGUCAUGAGGACGAAGGCCACCUGCGGAAAAUCCUAAGUUACGAGGUGGAGCAGCAUUUCUACUGCGAAAUAGCUCCGCUGCUUGGCGACAAGACUGCCGUUGCCCAGUGCCUCGUUUCGACGCGGGAUGUGCAUGACGAGGAACUGGGUGGUCUGAUGGCCAUGAUCAUGGCGGAUCUGCGACCCAUGUUCCCGGUUGCCGGAGAGAAGAGAAGCGUGCUAAGUCGCACGCAAGUAUACGGUGCUCUAGAGUGGUUGGCUGGGUUUCAUGGCCGGUCAUGGAGCCUACCACCCAAGGACCUCGACCGAUUUGUCCUACCGCCCCUUGAAGAAUCCAGGAGACGGCAAUGUGCAGGCAAACAGGGCGGUAGCGCACUGUGGCUGAAUGGAGGUUACACGUACCUUGCGACGCGACGGGAAGAGUAUGCGUCGCUCAUUGAAGAUACCGACUCGGAGUGGUCGGACGCCCUGUGCACCACUCCAGAAGGGUCGUCACUGUCUAUUGCCGAAAUGGUUGCCCUCUUCUUGACCCCGUGUGGCAGAUCGGUCGAGUCGUACAUCCAUGGCGAUGUCAAAUCGGAGAACCUCUUCACGACCACGGAUGGAGAGAAGGUGGCGUUCUUUGAUUUCCAAUACGUCGGCCUAGGCCUGGGAGUCUGCGAUCUCGCCAAACUGUUUACGUGCUCUGUCCCUCUGCAUAUGCUGGUUGGUGAUGCAGAUUCACCCGAGCAGCUGGAGAUGCAGGAGAGGGAGAAGACACUCCUCCAGCGGUAUCACUCGAGUCUUCUCCAGAACGAGAAGGCACCACGAUAUGAAUGGGCAACAUUCAAGCGUCACUGGGAGACUGCCCUGGUCGACUGGUGUAGGUUCCAGGCAUCCUGGGGAUUCUGGGGGAACACGGAGUGGCUCGAGGCUCGGGUCAGAUCUAUCCUGAGCGACCAGGCGUGGAGAGACUGGCUGCGUGAGAGUAUCAGCAGCCGGAACUCGGCUCCCUAG